ACUGAUAGAAUAAAUCACGCUGAAUGUUCAACGGGAAACUCCGAUAUGGUUUUUGGAUCUUACCCAUGACCACAGCUGCCUGCCGAUGCCUAGAGAAAUCGAGGCAAAGGAAGCAUGUGACUGGCUGAGGGCGGCGGGAUUCCCACAGUAUGCCCAACUUUAUGAGGAUUCCCAGUUUCCCAUUGAAAUAUCCGCAGUCAAGAGGGACCAUGACUUUCUCGACAAAGACCUUGUGGAACCUCUUUGCCGUCGACUCAACACUCUGAACAAGUGUGCCUCCAUGAAACUGGACGUGAGCCUCCCCAAGAAGAAAAGUGAGGAUUCUGAUGAGGAGGACCUGCUGGCCAUCAGCAAUAGAUGGACAUUUGAGUGGAACAGUCGGCGCUGGUCACGUAUGCAAGACAUCGAUUACCUCUUGGGUAGAGAAGAGGAGCGGAGCCCCUCGGAGGUGGGUGAGCAUCUGCGGACCACUGUGAGCAGUGAGAGCAUUCUGACAGACCUCAGUGAGCCGGAGAUCUGCUCCCUGCACAGUGAAGACUCAUUGGCUGCCAUGCCUGACUCCGCCUCGCUCACCCCACUGCACUUACCCAGAGAGCUGCCUCAUUACAAUUCACUUCCUGCUAAGAGCAGGCGACGUGGACGCACACGCGCCAAAGACUUUCUGAGGAGGAUGGAGACGCUGGGUCGGACGUGGGGGCCAUCGAUGGGUCGUUCAGAGCGACGCUCUUUGGUUAUUAGCGGCCCAGUUCUCCAAAGCGAGCCAGAGGCGUUAAAGACUCUACAAUGUGUUCAGAUUUUUAACGAUGGGCCUCUAAACUCUGAAAACAUGCCAUCUGCCAAAAACUGCCCAAAUUCGUUGGCCGGCAGUGAGGCCAGUAGCCAGUCGGAGACCAGCGGUAGUACCGGAAGCACGCCGAACAUGAAGGGACGUGUCUCAAACUUGUAUCCUCCUGGUAAACGUGCAGGUGUCUACCUCGAAGACAUUGAUGUUCUCGCCGGCGCCCCCCAGAGGAGGAGACCGGUUGAAAAGAGCCGCAAAAAUGAUUUCCGCUCCUAUGAUGAGCUAUUGGUGCAUAUCCCAAAAGAUCACAAACCUGGUACCUUCCCUAAAGCGCUGUCAAUCGAGAGUCUGACACCAGCAAGUAAGGGACAAAGAAACUGGAAGGUUCUGGAUUCAGAGCCACAGUUGUAUAAGUGCAGGAAAGUUGGCGGAAGGGAAUUCCGGCCCGUGGCGCGCUGCUGUCCGCGGGGAAGCAGAAUCAGCGUGUACGAUAACGUACCCGGCUCACACCUGUAUGCAAGCACGGGGGACUUAUUGGACCUUGAAAAGGAGGAUAUAUUCCCACAUUUAGAUGACAUAUUGCAGCAUGUGAAUGGCUUACAGCAGAUCGUGGACCAUUGGUCCAAAAACGUCUUGCCGGAGAGUGAAGGGGAGGGGGAGGGCAGCAGGGGGCGGGACCAGAGGAUUGUUGACGGCCAAUCUUCCAGUCAGAUCACACUGGACUUUGAGGGGACCUCGGUCGAAGGCCUGACCACUCCGUGUGAUGGCAACAGGGACGGGGUUUCGUUAAAUGGCACGGACACCUCCAGCACCAGAGAGAGGAGGGACUCGGGGGUGGGAGCUUCUCUCACACGACCACACCUUAGAUGGCCAAGCUUCAGGAUGUCAAACCUCCUCAGCCAAUCAGGAAUCUCGCUUCAGAUAUCUAGCCAAUCAGUUGGCCAGCUUAGCUUGCUGCAGAAAUUCUCUUUAUUGCGUCUCACUGCAGUCAUGGAAAAAUACUCCAUGUCCAACAAGCACGGGUGGACUUGGUCAGUGCCAAAAUUUAUGAAGAGAAUGAAGGGACCAGACUACAAGGAUAAGGUGGUUUUCGGCGUUCCUCUGAUUGUCCACGUCCAGCGGUACGGACACCCUUUGCCCUUAAGCUUACAGCUCGCCCUGCGCUAUUUAAGGAGCCAGUGUUUGGACCAGGUGGGACUUUUCCGCAAAUCUGGAGUGAAGUCUCGUAUUCAGGCUCUCAGGCAAAUGUGUGAAAACUCCCCAGAAAAUGUGAACUACGAGGAUCAGUCCGCGUAUGACGUGGCGGACAUGGUCAAACAGUUCUUCAGAGACCUGCCUGAGCCUCUCCUCACAAGCAAAAUGGGCGAGACCAUCCUCCACAUAUACCAGUAUGUCCCUAAAGAACAACGCUUACAGGCUGUGCAGGCAGCUAUCAUGCUAAUGGCCGACGAAAACCGUGAUGUCCUGCAGACACUGCUGUGCUUCCUAAAUGAUGUCACUUCCUCUGUUGAGGAGAACCAGAUGACCCCCAUGAACCUGGCAGUGUGCCUCGCUCCUUCUCUCUUCCACCUCAACAUCAUGAAGAAUGAUAACCUGUCGCCUAGGUCUAUUCAGAGGAAGUAUGCCACUGGGCGGCCAGACCAGAAGGACUUGAAUGAGAACCUUGCGGCCACUCAGGGGCUUUCGCACAUGAUUGCUGAGUGCAAUCAGCUGUUUGAGAUUCCUCAGGAGAUGCUCUCUCAGUCCAGGAACUCGUACAUGGAAGCUGAGCUGCUGGCGCCCUCUUUGGACGAGCUCUGUAAAAAACAGUCACAACAGGACGAGGAAGAGGAAGAGGAGGAAGAAAGUACAUAUCACUCUUAUCUGGAGAGCCUGAUACAGAAUUUGAUGAAAGAGGCCAAAGACAAGACCAAAGGCUGGGUGACCAGAUCAAACAUUGACAAUGCCGAGCUAUCAUUCAAAAAGGUGGGAGACGGGACCCCGUUGAGACGCUGGCGUGUUUCUGUAGAGGUGGAGGCUCCUCCAUCAGUGGUGCUGAACCGUAUACUGCGAGAGCGCCACCUGUGGGACAGUAACCUGCUGCAGUGGAAGGUUCUGGAAACUCUGGACAAGCAGACAGAAGUGUACCAGUAUGAGCUGAACAGCAUGGCCCCUCACCCCAGCAGAGACUUUGUGGUGCUCAGGACGUGGAGGACAGAUAUGCCAAAAGGGGUGUGUGUACUGGUGUCAUUGUCGAUCGACCAUGAGGAAAGCCCACAGCUGGCCGGAGUGAGAGGGGUCGUUCUGGAAUCACAGUAUCUGCUAGAACCAUGUGGCUCUGGCAAGUCCAGACUCACACAUAUAUGCAGAGUUGAUCUGAAAGGAAAGUCUCCAGAGUGGUACAACAAAGCUUUUGGCCAUCUCUGUGCUAGCGAGACCGCUCGCAUCCGCAACUCCUUCCAGGCUUUGGAUCCCGAGGGUCCAGAGACCAAAAUCUGAGCCGGGCUACGUGGAGUCAGGC